AUGUCAUCGCACAUCGCAAAACACCUGUAUAUGGACGGCACAAUUGUGAAAGAGGAGGUUAUUGGAGUGGGUGGUGCAGGAAUUGUUGUCAAUCGAGGAGGAUAUGCUUUCAAAAUUCCUCGGAUAUCGAAGUUGUUCGAAAUUGAUGGAGUGCCUGUUCAUGACAGAAUAUUGAACCACAAUGAAGACAGCUACAACGAGCUCGCCGUGGCCGUCGCGUCUUUUAGGCACGAGAAGGCUAUCUACGAAAGGCUAGGCGACUAUCCUGGGAUCAUCCGUUGUUACAAUGUCGAUUCCGAAGAACCCUCAAUCCAGAUGCCGUUGAUGAAUGGCGACCUACGGCAGCACCUGAGUGAAAUCAAGCCAGAAAGGCCCCUUCAGCUCUCCUGGAUCCUUCAAUUGGCGCGUACCAUGGCCUUCGCACAUACAAAACGUGUUCUUAUCUGUGAUAUCCGGCUGGAUAACAUCGUGUAUGACGAUAAUAUGAAUAUUAAGCUUAUUGACCUCUCUGAAUCUUCUUUGAUGCCACCUGAAUGGGACCUCAAAGGCUGCGACAAAUAUGGAUUUUCUAUUCUAACCGACAUCGGACAAUUUGGGGCAUUAAUGUUUGAGAUCAUAACUGGUCAACAUUGUUCGUUUGAUAUCUAUCAAGACUGGCAGGAAGUGGGUGAUCCGACGACUUGGCCUCGACGGGAAACACUUCCGUCAACAAGCGAGGUAUGGCUGGGUUCUAUCAUCGAGAAAUGCUGGACCAAGGGAUUUGCGUCUGCUGGUGAUCUUGUGAGAGAGCUUGAAAAAGAGAACACCCGCUGA